AUGAUAUUCCCAAAUAUGUUCCUUCUUGCCCCUGGGUGUAAUAUUACUCAUAGAAGCUGCGUCUUUCCUGAGGACAAACAUUUCUUUUCUACAUUCAGAGCAAAGACAAAACGUCAUUCCUCACAGAUGCCAGCCAGAUUCAUCAACUAUCUAGAACCUAGAAACCAAACAGGUGUUUCAAAAUUCCUUCUGCUGGGACUAACAGAGGAUCCAGAGCUGCAGCCUCUCAUCUUUAGGCUGUUCUUGAUCAUGUACCUGGUGACUGUCCUUGGAAACCUGCUCAUUGUCUUGGCUGUCACCUGUGACUCUCACCUGCAAACCCCUAUGUACUUCUUCCUCUCCAAUCUGUCCUUGAAUGAUAUCUAUUUAAGCACAACUACCAUCCCCCAAAUGUUGAUGAACAUCCAGACACACAAUGAGAGCAUUACUUUUACUGGUUGCCUUUGCCAGAUUUUCUUUGUUCUGGUUUUUUGUUCUUUUGAAAAUUUUCUUCUAGGAGCAAUGGCCUAUGACCGCUAUGUGGCCAUUUGUUAUCCACUGAGGUACACAGUCAUCAUGAAUCCCUGCUUCUGCAGCCUGCUGAUUCUGCUUUCUUGGGUCUUAAGUGUCAUGGUUGCCCUACUCCACAGUCUGAUGGUUUUGCGUCUGUCCUUCUGCACAGACUUAGAAAUCCCUCAGUUCUUCUGUGAGCUUGCUCAGGUCCUCAACCUCGCCUGUUCCAGUACCCUCAUUAAUAACAUCCUGAUAUAUUUUUCAGCUUGCAUGUUUUUUGGUGUUCCACUGUGUGGAAUCAUAUUCUCUUACACUAAGAUUGUCUCUUCUGUUUUGAGCAUUCCUUCAGCUGAUGGAAAGUACAAAGCUUUCUCCACUUGUGGGUCCCAUCUCUCAGUAGUUUCUUUAUUCUAUGGGACAAGCGUUGGUGUGUACAUCAGUUCUGUCUUUACACAGUCUUCCAUAAGGACAGCAGUAGCCUCAGUGAUGUACAUUGUUGUCCCUCAAAUGAUGAAUCCUUUUAUCUACAGCCUGAGGAACAGAGACAUAAAGGUAAGCUUGAGAAAACUUUUUGGUAGGAUACUUUUCUUGGAGUGA